AUGUUCAUCAAGAACGUCUUCACCUCCUUGCUCUUCUUUGUUUUCAUCUUUUGUCGGAUCACUUGUUCUCGGAUCUUCAGCUGUUGGAUCGCGAAUUUUGGUCGUGUGUGUGAUGGUGAGCAUUCCCAAGCUUUCAUGCGCUGGCAUCUCAAGCGUUUCGAAAAAAGCCUGACUGCGUUUGUCCUUGCGCAGUAUUGCCUCAAUGUCAGGGUGCAGGGUUCUUACUUUUUGCAUCGCUCGCUUCCGCCGGGCAUCGUCCUCGUUGUCGACCCUUGGAGCAUGUGCCGGACGCGUUCGCAGCUGUUCGAGAGUUGCACCGUGUUGCAAAAGUUGGGGGCCAUAUCUUGGCCACGAGUCCCUUAA